CUCUCUCCGCCGCCCCACCUGUCCAGACGGCAAGGCUGAGCGCUGAGCGUGUGUGUGUGACACGAAGAGGGGGGGGGUGAGUUAAUUGGGAUUCGUUUGUCUCCUUGUCCUUCUUGUUCCGACACUGCUUGCUUGAACACAUAGAGCCACCCGUCAUCAGGAGCGAUGCUCUCGUUCGGCAGGGAGGGAGCCAGAUCAACGGUCCGACGGCUCGGGCAGCAGCAGCCGUUUGGACGACGCCUGAGCACCGCGGGGCUAACGUGGAGCGCGAGGUUUAUCAACCGCUUCAGCAGUGGCCGUCUGCGCUACGUACAACCCCGAAAUGUAGGCAGCGCCUCUGCCAUCGGCACCACCGAAAGGCCUUACAGUCAGCAUGCUGGAGCCGGGGGAAGCGCUUGGCCGGCCGGAGCAGCUGCCGCAGCGGCCGCGGCGGCGGCGGCGGCGGCGGCGGCGGCGGCGGCGGCGGCGGCGGGGGCGGCGGUGUUGAUAGCAACGUCAGCAUCGUCCUCCAACGACGAUACCGGCUGUUCGGCGGCGGCGGUAGCCCCCGGCGAAGUAGAACUGCCGGUAGUUCGGGGGCUGCUUGAUCCCUCGCUGGGUGGUACUAUGGCUGAUGGAAGCGGAGGCAUUAACAGCCCGCUCGGAUCGUUUGGCGGCUUCGGCGGUGCAGGAGGAGGAGGGACACUGCCAACGAAGAGGGCGGGAGAGGAGAGGGGGGGCGCCGUGGCGUUUGUCGGAGAGCCCGUGGGGGGGGCGGAGGACACGACGGUGGAAGGAGGGUUCCUCGGACAGUACGAGAUCGGGCGUCUGCUGGGGGAGGGGAGCUUCGGCCUGGUGUACGAGGCCCGGCCGGUUGGGUCCGACCGAAGAGUGGCCCUCAAGCAAAUCAGCAAGCUGGGAGUGCGGAGAGAAGAGAUACUUCAAGAGAUGACCACCCUCAAGGCCAUCCAUGCGGCGGGAGGGCACGACAACAUCGCCCGCGUCCUCGACGUGUUCGAGGACUCGACCUUCUACUUUUUUGUGCUGGAGCUUGUGUCUGGCGGGGAGAUGUUCGAGCACCUAACGAGGAACGGUCCGUACUCGGAGGCGAAGGCGGCGGCCUUCAUGAGGGAGCUGGCCGCCGCCCUGCAAUUCCUGCACUCGCAGGAGAUCAUACACGCGGACCUCAAGCCCGAGAACCUGAUGCUCAGCUCCUGGGACCUAGGGGAGUCGAAGCUCAAGGUUGUGGAUUUUGGCUCUUCCAUGCGAUCCGGCACCGCGAUCGACCUCGACGACUCGACGCUCGGGACGACUUGGUACCUGCCCCCGGAGGCUGUGGUGUUGGACGAGGAGCCUCGUCCUACCGACGGUGGUGGUGGUACCGGGCAGCAGCAGGGUCACGAGCUCUUGGUGACGCCGGCGCUGGAUAUGUGGGCCGUCGGUUGCAUCUUGUUCAUCAUGCUGUGUGGAGCACAUCCGUUCGACCUCGACAGCAACUCCGAGGAGGAAGAAGUGAUCAAGCGAGUGCGCUCGGGCGUCGUCCCGCUCCUGGAGCUCGGUGGCGGUGUCUCCGACUCUGCCAAGGAUCUCAUCUCCAGGCGAGUGGCGGUUGUUGACGAGGGACCCGAAGGAGAGGCUGACAGCAGAGGAGAUGAUGCAGCAUCCCUGGAUACAGGUGGAAGAACGGCACCGCAGAGGCCGUUGAAAGGGAGCGAUGCUCGACUGGCCCGUUUUCGGGAGGUCCUGAGCCAGAAACUGGAGACAGGGGUGGUGUCUAUGCUUGUGGAAGGGGCUGUGGCCGAGGGAAACAGCCAGGACCAAUACACGUACAACCCGUACGGCGGUUACAUGGGCAACAACAGCAAUAGCAGGAACAGCAGCAGCAGCAGCGGCGGCGACGGUGAAGGGUCUCGAGUAGUUGUGGAGGCGGUGGACGUCGUCAAGAACGCCUACCGGGCUUUCGACCGCCGUGGGACGGGUCGCAUUAGCGCCAUGGACAUCGCGGGUGUUUUAGAAGAGCACAGCGCAUCCGUGAGCGAGGAUGAGCGCAGGGCGAUUGACGAGGCCGUGUCCGUCGCCAGAAACUUCAGGCGGCCAUCGGGGUCAAGACCGCCGGUGUUGCCGCACAGCCACGUCGAAUCCCCCGCCACCGCCGCCACGGGAGAAGACGCCAGAGGUAACGGGGGAACCAGCAGCAGCAGCAGCAGCAGCAGCAGCAGCAGCAGCAGCAGUAGCAGUAGCAACGAGGACUCGAAGGCAGCGGCGACGGCGACGGCAGGCGGGGGUGGUGCGAUCGCAGCAAGAGAGAGGCUGUCGACAACGGCCCUGUCACAACAACCAACACCACCGGCGGCGACGUCGAUCCUGGGAACAGCAACCACGGCAACCGCAACCGCAACAACUGCUAGUACUACUACGGCGGCAGCGGCCACGGUCACGACGUUAGCGCCGUUGUCGACGGCGAUGGAGGAUAAGGAGAUCGAACCGGAGGAGGCGGGAACGGGGGCCACGGAGGAAGAGGACGGGCUUGACAUGUCGGACUUCGAGGACCUUCUUCUGGACCACCUGAAGACCACCGAGUACACGCCUGGGGAAUUCGUCUUCAGGGAGGGAGACGCGCCCGAUGGUGGCCUGUACUUCAUUGUUGAAGGGCGCGUGGAUGUGCUCGUGAACAGCGCGGGCUGGCAGAGCAGUGGUGCCGGGGACGAAGGCGGAUCAUCCCCGGAUACGACGAACGCCGACUCACAGCCGCCGACGCCGGCACACCACGCCCAUACGAGGGUGGCUUCCAUGGGACCCGGCGACUUCUUCGGCGAGGGAGGGGUCGUUUCGGCACAGCCCAGGGGAGAAUCCGUGCGCGCGGUAACCCCUGUCAAGGUGAUGAACGUCAGCCUGGCCAGCUGCCACCGGAUGAUCGACGCGCCUGGAAAGGUGUCUUCCAGCCUCCGUCGGGUGGCUCUCAGCCGGGCGCUGUUCAGGGCGAAGAAUGUCGUUCGCGCAGUGCACUCCGUCACGAAGAGGCUGCUGGGUCCUGGGGAGGCGGUGUUCCGGCAGGGGGACAGGGGUUCUUCGCUGUUCACGGUGGAGGAGGGGGAGCUGAACGUGGUGAAGGAGCACUCGGGCGUCCAUCGCACGGUGGCCCGCCUGCCGCCAGGGAGCUUGUUCGGAGAGAUGGCGCUUAUGACGGCGCAGCCCAGGUCCGCUUCUGUCGUCUGCGCCGCCGAGGGCGGCUGCGCGGUGGAUGAGAUAAGCGGCGACGACUUUGCCCGGCUGCUGAUGGCGAGGCGGACGGGGUUCCGUAGAGACGUGAUGCGCAUGCUACGGGCGAGGCAGUUCCGGCACGGCGUGUACAAGCUGCUCACGGAGCUUGGAAGCGAGGCGACGUUCACGGACGAGGAGCUGCGGCAGGUCUUCGACCGAGCCGACACUGCCAAGUCAGGCACCCUAAGCCUCGGCGAACUCAAGGCUGCCUUUCUCAGAGCUGACCCCCUUCUGGACGAGUCGGCGGUGGAGGAGAUCAUGACCAUGCUGGACCUCGACGCCGUCGGCAGCGUGUCUUUCGACGAGUUCUUGAAGAUCAUCCGAUGGGACCCGUAAGACAUGGACGGGUUGUGACGAGAGUUGGAGUGCAUCGAAGUCGGGUGGGCUGACGAUGACGACAGCGAACUCUUCCAUGGCACCUUAUUAUGGUUUGUCUUUCAUUGAUGACGGAGAGAUGCGCUCAUUAUCAAAGGCCCCGUCUUUAUUCUUUUUCCUUCCCAAAACUGCAUACACCGCUCGCCGAGAUUGUGUUCGUGUGUGUGUCCCUGCCCGUAUGGCCAUUGGCCAAUCCCUGCCUUGGGUAGCCGAGGAGUCGUAGAUAAAAGACAGAGAUUGUCGAGCUCGCCCGUGUGUGAAUUGCGCCCCGUCCCCCCCCAGGGGAGGGGCCCCGCCGGUCCGGGCAGUCCGUGGGGUGUGUGUGCUUUCUUAAAGGUGUGUGCGUGUGUUUGUGUGCAUGUUUUGAUUGUUAGCAUUGAUCAAUCGCGCUAACCGACUGACCGGCGAAAAUACCCGAGUCUCGGAGCGCUCGAAAACAUGCUAGUCCAUAAUCUGGUGUGUGUGUGCGCGCGCGUGCCGCGGCGCGCCUUGUGGCCUUGUUUGGGUGGAGCGACCCUUCCUUUCCCUGUUCUCGAACUUGAGCGCGAGGCAACUUGAGGGAUUCAAUAUGCGGAGAGAUAGGUUUCUGAGAGAGACAUUCUUCAAGCCGUUGUUAUGCUCGGGUCCGUUUUUUAUUUUUCUCCCUGGUGGACCCGUUCGGCUGCCUUAAAGGGUAUCGCCAUGAGUGACGCUCACCGAAGUUUUGGUGUAUGUUUUAUCUUCCGUUGUUCGCGUGUUUUUUCUCUUCGACAGCAGUUUUGAUGUGCAAGUUUGCACGAGAUUUGUUUUUUUUGUUCGAUUGCAGCAGCAGUAGUUAGCAGCAGAGCACGUGGUGUACCAACACACCACGCGUGUCGGUGAUGCGCUGCGCGCGCGACGUGAUUUGUCCUCCGUUCAAGGAGUGAGAGUGUUUUUUUCGUGAUGUGCUCAGCAGGACCUUGCCACUCACUCUUGUUCUUCGUUUCAGAUUCCACGUAUCGUGAAAGGAGAGGUGCCCGAGAUGACGAGGGACUGCAAGCAGUGUGUCACCUACAUUAAAUGGCGUUGUCUGUACGUAAGAUUGAGUUGUAUAGUCUACAGAGUCGAGUUUCGCGCAGAUUGAUUUUCGUCAGUUUUUGGAUGAUCUCGAUCGGAGAUAGAGCAUUUUUGUUUUUGUGAAAGGAUGUUGGCCCCCGCUAUGAGGAGGGACGGCAUGCAUGCAUGGUACGGAGCAUUUUGCAUACAUGCACGUGUUCUCGAACUUGUUGCUACUACACGAAAACUCGUGAAGACCAAGAAAGUGAUUGCGUGACGGUAGCCGGAAACGAAGCUCGGGGACGAGGCAUUGCGUCGUCGAUUCGGACAAUGUGUGAAUGAUGACGGGGUUCGAGUUCUGCGUGCACUUGCUGACUUUCCAGCAAUAAGUCGUUGCUCAUAUUUCUCCUUGGGUUCUUGAUCUAUGCUCGGUCCCCCCUUCGUAUUUGAGUGAACCAGUGGAUGAAAGCGCGUCCACGUUGCAACAAGUCAGCCAUUUGACAUUUGAGCCAAUAGAACACCGCCAAUCGAAUUGUGCGCCGCACGUGUUGCCACAGCAGCAGCGGAACCUUGUGGCC